CUGACCAAACAGGAAUACUUUACCUGCUUCGUGCGAGUUGGCUGGGAGCUGUCAGAAUUAUCUGUGAAAAAGAGAAGACAGGGUUUGAAUGAUACCAGCAUCAGGACCAUUAGCACCACAGUGAAGAACAAGUUUGGCAGGGACAUAUUGGAUUACAGAAUUGACUCAUUCAACCACUCCAGACCAGACCAUCAAGGAACAGAAAAGGACAGAAAGCUGUCCAUCUGUCACCUGUGUGAGUGUGGAUUACAACACCUGGAAUUAUGUUUUCCAGCUGACUCCUAUAAACCUGCAAAAACAAUGUUCACACCCAGGAAAAACAGCCUUCCUUCCCCCAGCCUGGAGGACUCCUUCUUCCCACUGUCCUCAUCUUCCUCAGUGUCUCUCUCCUUUGCUCUCCCAUCAACUGCACCAUGUCCUGGUAGCAAUGACAGCGGAGGAGGGAUAGAGACAGAUUUGAUACUGGCUGCAGAGCUGGGACAGGCUUUACUGGAGAAGAGUGAGGAGCUGGCAGCCUCUCUGAAGAUGAGAGAGAGGGAGAUUGAGGCUUUACAGCAGGAGAAACAUGUUCUUCAGAGGAGGCUGGACAUGAAUGAACUGGCAUCUGGUCAGAAAGAAGCAGAGCUGACUACGGAUUUAGCUGCUUUGAGGGCCAAGCUGGAGCAACAUCACAGCCAGGAGAGAGCCCAGAGAAAGGAUGAGGGCGAACAGCUGACUCAGUUAACCAAUCAUAACCAACGAUUGGUGGAGCAGCUAGCAGAGGCUGUAACACUGGAACACUCCUUGAGGACUGAGAUUCGUUCCCUCAGAGAAGAGAUGGAAGAAUCAUCUUUUAGCCGAAAUAUCAGCUUCACACAGAUAAAGAAUAUUCAAGCAGAGAACAGAGUUUUGCUGGAGCGGCUGUCGCACAUGGAGGCACAACUAAAAGCUUCACAGGAGGACAGUGAUGGACUCCGCAUGGAGAGAGAGGGACUAAGAGAGAGACUGUCGGAACUCCAGAUGAAAUUGAGAGAGAAAGAAGCAGAGAUAGAGCAGGAGCAGGGAGUGGUGUUUGAGUUGCGUACCUUGAAUCGCUCUCUACAGCAAAAAUCUCUGAGCCUGGGAGAAGAGAGCAUCCUGGACAGUGCUCACACACAACCUUUGUCUCUGCUUAGUGAAAUUCAGCAAUCACAGGCUAAAGAGGCUCUUCUGGCUCACUCCACAGUCCUGGAAGCAAGAGAUGAAGAGAUACAAGCACUCAAAGAGGAGCUACAAUCUCAGCGAGGAGAGCUGGAGACUUUGAGGGAAGAAAUCAAGCCAUUUAGAGGCAGUCCUGAAAAGCCAAGCUACAGUUCCUUAGAGAGUGAGUUGGUUACGGUGCGCCAGGAGAAAGAAACACUAACUCAGCAGCUUCUCAACACGAUCAAACACAAGGUGGCGCUGUCUCAAGAGCUGGAUGCCUGGCAGGAGGAUAUGCGGAUGGUGAUCAAUCAGCAGGUGCAGCAAAGGGAAGAGGAGAGAAAGAAGGAAAAACAGCGAGAGAAAGACAACUCAGUGGGACUCCAAAGAAGCAAGUCUUUGAGAGUGAAGGGAGAAGGAGGGAAAGGAUUUUUCUCUUUUUUCAGAGACAAAUAACAGAGAAUUGGCAGCAGUUUAAACAGACUGAGUGUCUGCCUUUAUAUUUGCCACUGUGAGCUAUGGUGCCAGAUAAUGUACUGUUAUUAGAAUCACCAAGUCAAAUGUUUACAGACCUCAUAUUUGAAUAUAUUUAAAUAUAUUUGUA